AUGAUAGCGCCGAUGCUCCCUUUGAAGCAUCUCAGAACGGUCGCCAUCGCCUACUACGAUACGGAAGGAAGUGUCUCUCCCGACUGGGCCUGUUACUAUCUUUGUAUUCCUUCGUUGAAGAUCUUUGCAGCGCAGGGGAUGGGGGACUCGCCUAGUAGACAGGUGCAGCGCAGUCUGUUCCCAAAUGGUGCUGUACCGUGCUCGAACGUGGCAGAGCUAUUCUUAUGGGAUUGUCGAUUUGAUGUGGACGGUUUAGCAGUUGUUCUUGCAGCGGUCAGGCAUCUGGAGAAGUUCACGUAUCACGGCGGUGGCUCUACAGUAUCGGAAACAAGCUCCUAUCAAGCCAAAAGGGUUCUGGAAGCGGUUGUUACAUAUGCUGCUCAUUCGCUGGAGGAGCUUAGCCUCGGUCAGGGCUAUGUAGAUGAUGAUCUUGGCCUUGACAUUCCCGGCCCGACGGUCGUCUCACUUCGAAGCUUCCGAAAGCUUCGCAUACUUGAUUGCGAAUGGUCAGUACUAAGACCUGAAACGGAAGAAGAGGAAGAAGAUUCACAACAUGAUGAACCUUUAGAAGAAGGAUUCCAUCGUGCGGAAGAUGAUGAAAACACUGAUACAGAGUUCGACGUUAGAACAAUCCUUCCUGAGUGCAUUGAAGAGCUACACUUAGGUGGUGAAUUCAAAGUAUAUGAGGAGUGGGAGCGCCUAGAAGACACGUUCGACACCCCAAGUGUAUCAACUCCACAUCUGACUAUGGACAAGACAUGCCUCCAGAGAAGCGAUAGCGAUAGGCGUAUCGGAGACGCAGAGAGUCGAGGGGGUGUGUGGUCACAUCCCCUUGCACAGCUCUUCGAAGGCCACGGAUAUUAA